AAAAAAAAUUAAUUCUUCUCCUUUCUCACUAAGAAACUCCAGAAAGAGCCAGCCUUUCAAAGGGUGUCCUCUUUGCUAUCUUACUACGAAGAGGAGGAAGAAAGGAACCAAAUUACAUUUUCAUCUUUUUUGAUUUCUUUUUUCUCCUCUUUUCUGAUCAUAGUUUCCCCCUUUUUACCGACAAAUUUUGAUCUGUUUAUAUAUUUCAAUCAAUCGAUCAAUUGGUACCUUGAUCAAUCGCUUGAUUUUGUCAAGUUUUUAUACGAUCACAAUUCGUGGAGAUGUCAUACGCUUAUCUUUUCAAAUAUAUCAUUAUUGGAGAUACCGGAGUGGGGAAAUCAUGUCUUCUUCUGCAGUUUACGGACAAAAGGUUUCAGCCUGUGCAUGACUUGACCAUUGGUGUUGAAUUUGGGGCCAGAAUGAUUACGAUCGAUAACAAACCCAUUAAGUUGCAAAUUUGGGACACGGCUGGUCAAGAAUCGUUUAGAUCUAUCACAAGGUCCUACUACCGAGGAGCUGCAGGUGCACUUCUGGUCUAUGAUAUUACCAGGAGGGAGACUUUUAAUCAUCUUGCAAGUUGGCUGGAGGAUGCAAGGCAACAUGCUAAUGCAAACAUGACAAUCAUGCUUAUUGGUAACAAAUCGGACCUUGCACAUAGGAGGGCAGUAAGCACGGAGGAAGGUGAGCAGUUUGCCAAGGAACAUGGAUUAAUAUUUAUGGAGUGUUCUGCUAAAACAGCUCAAAACGUUGAGGAGGCAUUCAUAAAAACUGCUGCUACAAUCUACAAGAAGAUUCAGGAUGGUGUAUUUGAUGUGUCAAAUGAGUCUUAUGGCAUCAAAGUUGGAUAUGGAGGCAUACAAGGGAAUGCCGGUGGUAGAGACGCCUCGACUUCUCAAAGUGGAGCAUGCUGUGGUUGAAUAUGAUGAUGUACGAAUUUAAUUCAUUAUCCAUACCCGUCUCUUCUUCAGUGUGAUACUUUGAUCGUUAAGUGGUUUUGGAUGUCAAAUCCAUAAAACGCCUUCGAAUCAUGCACAUAUUUUCUUUUCACCAUCUUUGUCAAAUGUAAACAUACGGAAUUAAUCAUGGUACUCUAAAUAUGUUGGUUUGUUAUUUUCUUAAUUGUGACAUGGUCUGUUUAGUUGUGUGAAA